AUGGUCACAUCUUGGAUUCUCAACUCCAUCUCUAAGGAGUUAGUUGAUGGAUUUAUAUACACCGCCUCUGCCAGAGAUCUCUGGCAAGAGAUCUGCGAGAGAUUUGGAGAGUGCAAUGGUCCUAUGAUCUACGAGUUGCACAGGAAAAUAUCCCUUAUCUCCCAAGAAAAUCAGUCUGUGUCAGUCUACUUCACUAAGCUGAAGAGGCUGUGGGAUGAGCUUGGGUCUGUAGAACCUCUUCCAACAUGUACCUGUGGAGCCUCUAGGGCCAUAGCUGAAAUAACGAACAGGAAUAGGCUCAUGCAAUUCCUGAUGGGUCUAAAUGAGGCCUUCGGGUCUGUGAGAGAUCAGGUAUUGGGGAUGGACCCUUUACCAACUGUAAACAAGGCUUACUCAAUGGUUGUAAAAUUUGAGUCUCAAAGGGAGAUUCUAGGGGCAAUGAAUGACAACUCAGAAUCUCUUGCCCUAUUGAAUAAGGCUCAAGCUCAGAGUCUGUCCAGACCAAGAAGGUCUGAGGUCAAGAAGGGUCACUGCACCUUCUGCAACAUGGAUGGCCACACUCGAGAAGGGUGUUUUAGAUUGAUUGGGUAUCCUGAUUGGUUCAAGACUAAGAACAAGGUAGGAACCCAAUCUUUCAAAGGCAAUAGAAGCACCAAAGUUAUGGCUGCUAUUGAAGGGAACAAAUCAGAAGAGGAUAACCCUCUGGAAUAUCUAGACCCAUCAAGUAAAAUACAUGAAUUGACAUCCAUGCUGAGCUCUUUAAAGCAAAAAGUUUCUCAGCUUGUGAAGGGGAAAGGGACUCUUGCCCCAAGCACUUCUUAUGGAUCUGAGGCACAUUUCAUAGACUUUGCAGGUAAGCCUACUCUCUAUAACACUUGCAAUGCUGAAAUGCAAACUGACUCUGAUUGGAUCCUAGACACUGGAGCCACAAAUCACAUGUGUUCAGACAGCAGCCUGUUCACCACUUUGCACCCACUACACAAGCACAUUUGUGUGUGCUUUCCAGAUGGGAAAACAACUCAGGUUACUCAAUCUGGAAAGCUAAAUCUCUUUGGCAAAUUGAUUUUAGAUGAUGUUCUUUAUAUUCCACAUUUUCAAUACAAUUUGAUUUCUGUUGGUCAAUUAAUGAGUAGCCAUGGAUACUGUAUAGUAAUGUGGAAGGAUUAUUGCCUUAUACAGGACCCACUGAGUAAGAAGGUGGUGGCCAUAGGCAAGAAACAAAGAGGCCUCUUCAGGCUGAACCAAAUGAGCUUUUCUCAUUCUGAUGUAAGAAAUUGUUUGUUUGAAAUCAUGAACUCUAAUGCUGAUCUUCACAGCUUUGUAAAUAGCACUCUCUUCCAAAUGGAGUUGAAUAAAGAACAUUCCAUGCAAUUUGAACAGAGACAUAAACAUGUAGUGACCAUGAAUGAUAUGCAUGAUAGACUAGGGCAUGCAUCAGUAGGUAAACUCAAACAUGUUAAAGGCAUAAAUAUCAGUAAUUAG